CUCACAAUAACUAAAGAGGAGAGACACACAGCAGCACAGACAAGUCAAAACAGAGAAAAAUGAAAUAAAUCUACUGGAAUCUGCCCAAAGGGAGAAAAAAGAAGAAUGAAAGACUAGACUAGAUCCUAUCAGUAACUCUUCGAUUCCAGUACUUAUAUUUUAUUGAAGAUAUCAGUCUCAAAAAAAAAAAAAAAACGCGUUUUUCAAUAAGUUUGUUUUGUGUAUUACCAUGGGAGUGAAGUUACAGAGAAAUCUUGGUAUGGAGGAACUUUGGAGGUGGAGAUGGAGGAGAUUGAUUUGUAUAGGUCUGCUAGUGUUGGGUUCUUGUGUUGAUUCUUGCUUGUCUCUCAAUGAUGAAGGGAUAUCACUAUUGAGGUUUAGGGAGAGAGUUGGGAGAGACCCAUAUGGUGUUUUGUUGAAUUGGAAGUUCAGUGAUGGUGCAGAGAAUCCUUGUUCUUGGUUUGGGGUCAAGUGUUCUACUGAUGACAAAGUUAUAAGCUUAGAUUUGAAGGAUCUUUCUCUGGAAGGAACACUGGCUCCUGAAAUUCGUAAUCUCGUGUACAUGAAGUCCAUAAUUUUGCGCAACAACUCAUUUUCUGGAAUAAUCCCUCUUGGGAUUGGAGAAUUGAAGGAAUUGAAGGUUUUGGACCUGGGAUUCAACAAUUUCGAUGGACCUCUUCCAUCAAACCUUGGCGAUAGUUUGUCCCUUGUCAUCCUUCUGGUGGACAACAAUAAGAACCUAGGCAGAAUAGAGAAAAGUCAGCUAUCAAGCUUGUGGCAAGUAUCUCAUUCCAUUCGAAGAGCCAUUACAUGGAGCAUUGCCCAAGUUGGAGAAGUAGCGCGCAGAAGCCUUCUUCGAGCAGUGAAUGCCCCUCGUUCCCUAGAAAUCGAUGCUUUGAAGAGUAUAUCAGGAAAACAGACUCACUCGUCAGUUUCGCCAGCUUUAUCUCCAUUUUCCCAGCCACCUACGCCCUCUCCAGCACCAGCACAUGUUCGUCCGUUCUUUCCUCCUAUAGACCAUUCGGCUUUUCUUGCUGCUCCACCACCGAUCGUUCCCAAUAUACAUUCAACCUCAGCAUUCCCCUCGCCACCAGAAAGAACAGGUGCCCAUUCUAAAAAGUACUUACCAAUUGUAUCUGUAGCUAUAGGGGCUUCAUUUCUUUCUAUUGCUGCUAUUGUCGUUCUCCUCUGUCGAAGCAAGAAAGUAGUCAGCGUCAAACCCUGGGUCACUGGGUUAAGUGGGCAACUUCAGAAAGCAUUUGUAACAGGUGUACCAAAGCUCAAGAGAUCAGAGCUCGAAACAGCUUGUGAAGAUUUCAGUAAUAUAAUAGGCUCUUCGUCUGAUGGAACAAUGUACAAAGGAACCUUGUCGAGUGGGGUUGAAAUAGCAGUGACGUCUACUGCGGUGACAUCUUCCAAAGAAUGGUCAAAGCAUCACGAAGGGCAAUUCAGGAAGAAGAUUGACGUAUUAUCGAAAGUUAACCACAAAAAUUUUGUGAACCUUCUCGGAUUUUGUGAGGAAGAAGAGCCUUUCACUAGGAUGAUGGUGUUUGAGUAUGCUCCUAAUGGAACGCUUUUUGAGCAUCUGCACAUAAAAGAAGCAGAACACUUAGACUGGGGAGUACGGUUGAGGAUUGCAAUGGGUAUUGCGUAUUGUCUCGAGUACAUGCAUCAACUGAGCCCACCCGUAAUAGUAAAGAACUUGCAGUCCACCUCUAUCUAUCUAACUGAAGACUAUGCUGCAAAGAUAUCUGACUUAGGUUUUUGGAGUGAGGCAACUGCUGUUAAGAUGGGAUCAUCUGACACAGAGAAUCCGCUCACACCGUCUGUGGAUACUGAGAGUAACAUUUACAGUUUCGGAAUCAUAUUACUAGAGAUGAUAAAUGGUGGACUCCCUUGCUGUGUCAACGAUGUCCAGCUUGUAGAAUGGGCAUCCGAUUACUUGAGGAAGACCCGACCUGUCAAAGACAUGGUGGAUUCUACCUUGAAAUAUUUUCAUGAGGAAAAUCUCGAGAAACUAUGUGAAGUGAUUAGAUCUUGCAUCAAUCCUGACCGAAAAGAAAGACCGACAAUAAAAGACGUCACAGCUCAAUUAAGAGAGAUUACAGCAAUGACACCAGAUGGCGCAACACCUAAACUAUCUCCUCUUUGGUGGGCAGAGCUCGAGAUCAUUUCUACUGAGGCAACCUAACAAGAUGUAUAGCCUAGGACUGUAAGAUAUUUCUUCUCUAUCUAUUUAUAUUUUGUUUGGGGCCUUCGGGCAUCAUAUAAGGGCUAUUGUCCGUGGAAUGGUACAACUUGUACCUACCAUUCGAGUGAAAUAUCAUGUGUAUAGGAUAUAGAACUGCGACAACAAACAUUUCGUGUAACUAAGUUUGUUUUUUGUAAGUGUGAAAAUUCACUACACUGAGAAUAUACUGUGAAGGUAAUAAACAUGUUCAUUUUUCUCU